CUCCCACACACCACAUAACACUAACACCAAACCAAUUUCACUCUUGUUCAAAAUCUUCCAAAAACAGCAAAAAAAAAAAAAAAAAAAACUCCAAUUCAAUCAAAUUCAAUGUCUCUCCACCUCUCACUCUCUCAUCAAUCAUGGACAUCCCCGGCUCACCCGAUCACCUCAUCGGAUCCAACCCGGAGCUCCGUCCCCGGAACUGGGUUAUCGAGGCGGGUCGAUUUUCUUGGGAGUUGUAAGAGUAAUGGAGUUUCUGUUAUUAAGAGAAAAGAUAGAAGAAUAAUGAGAGGUGGUGAAGUUAGAGCAAGUAUGGAACAAGCUUUGGGUACCCAAGAAAUGGAAGCCAUUGUAGGGAAAGUGACUGAAGUUAAUAAGGACACUUUUUGGCCUAUUGUUAAGGCUGCUGGUGAUAAACCUGUUGUUCUUGAUAUGUUUACUCAAUGGUGUGGACCGUGUAAAGCAAUGGCUCCAAAAUACGAAAAGCUAGCAGAGGAGUAUCUUGAUGUCAUCUUUCUCAAGCUCGAUUGUAACCAGGAAAACAAGACAUUAGCAAAGGAAUUAGGCAUCAGAGUAGUUCCUACUUUCAAGAUUCUGAAGGAAAACAGUGUUGUGGGAGAAGUUACAGGGGCAAAAUAUGAUAAAUUGCUAGAAGCCAUACAAGCUGCUCGAAGUAGUUGAUCAAACAUUCGAUCAAGUGUUUGUGUGUGUAUAUAUGCUGGGUUUGUAAGAUCAUCCUUGCAACGGGCUCGGGCUCGGGCCAGGGAGUCGGAAAGGAGACACGGUCGAAAAUGGCUUGUACUUGGUUGUAACCAUUGUGUCUGCUGAGAAUCUUGUAUGAACAAGGGCUGUAAUUGUAUAUUUCUGUAUCAAGUUAAGGAAAUCAGAGCACUCUACAUGAAGUAGUUCCUAUUA